AUGAAGACUGACAAAGAAAGAAGACUGGACGCAGGAAGAAGACUGGAACAGAAAAAAGGAAAGACGGACGCAGAAAGAAGACUGGACGCAGAAAGAAGACUGGAGCAGGGAAAAGAAGAAUGGACGCCAGGAAGAAGAGGACACAAGGAAAACAAAGGAAAACUGGACCGCAGAAGAAGACUGGACACAGAAAGGAAGAAACUGGAGCAAGAGAGGAACUGGACGCAGAAAGAAGGACUGGACGCAGGAAGAAGGACGGACAGGAAAGAAAGACUGGACACAGGAAGAAGACUGGACGCAGAAAGAAGAUGGACCCAGAAAGAAGAAUGGACACGAAAAUGCAGAAGAAGACGGACGCUGGAAGAGACUGGACGCGGAAGAAGACUGGACGCAGAAGAAGACUGGUGGAACGCAGAAAGAAGACUGGACGGCACAGCAAGAAGAACUGGACUCAGGAAGAAGACUGACAGCAGAAAGAAGACUGGACGCAGAGGAAGAACUGACGCAGGAAUGGAAGACUCUGGACACAGAAAGAAGACUGGACGCAGGAAGACGACGUGGUACGCAGAAAGAAGACUGGACGCACAGAAAGAAAGACUGGAUGACGCAGAAAGAAGACGGGACCAGAAAAGAAUGACUGACAUAGAGAAGACUGGACACAGCAGAAGAAACUGGACGCAGAAAAGAAGACUGGGACACAGAAGAAAAGAACUGACAGCAGGGAAGAAGGACUGGACACCAAGAAGAAGAACUGGACACAGAAAGAAGACUGGAAGGCAGAAGAAGACUGGACACUGGACGCCGGAAAGAAGACUGGACCAAAGAAGACUGGAUACAGGAAAGAAGGACUGGACGUCCAGGAAAGAAGACUGGAACGCAGGAAAGAAGAACUGGACACAGAAAGAAUGGACUAGGACGCAGAAAGAAAGGAACUGGACGCAGAAGAAGAUCUGGGACGCAGAAAGAAGGACUGGACGGCAGGAAAGAAGAUACGGACAGCGAAGAACUGGAAGCAAGGGAAGGAAGACGGUACGUAGGAAGAAGGACUGGACGCCAGAAAGAAGAAUGGACGCAGGGAAGAAGGACUGGACAACAGAAAGUAAAAAGAAUGGACGCAGAAAGAAGGACUGGUCGCAGAAAGAAGACUGGACACAGAAAGAAAGACUGGAAUGCAGUGAAAGAAACUAUGGGACACAGAAAGAAGACUUUGGGAAGACAGGAAAGAAGACUGGACACGAAAGAAGGAAUGGAACUCCAGGGGGAAAGAAGACUGGACACAGGAAAGAAGACUGGGUACCGCAGAAAGAAGCUGAGACACAGGAAGAAGAUGGGACACAGGGAGAAGAAAAGAUGGAACUGGACGGCCAGGAAAGAAGACUGGACGCCAGGAAGAAGGGACUGGACGCAGAAAGAAUACGGACGCAGGAAAGAAGACUGGGACGCAGGAACGAAAGACUGGGGAGUCGAGAAAAGAAGACUGGACGCAGGAAGAAGGACUGGGGAGCAGAAAGAAGGACGUACGCAAAGAAGAAGACUGGACGCAGGAAAGAAGCUGGACGCAGGAAAGAAGACUGGACGCAGAAAGAAGACUGGAUGCAGGAAAGAAGACUGGACCACCAGAAAGAAGGACUGGACGCAGGAAAGAAGACCUGGACACAGAAAGAAGACUGGCUGCAGGAAGAAGGACUGGACACAGAAAAGAACGACUUGGAACGCAGGAAGAAAGACUGGACGCAGGAAAGAAGACUGGGACACAGAAAGAAAACUGGACGCCAGAAAGAAGAUGGACGCAGAAAGAACGACUGGAAGAAGAAGACUAGGACGCCAGGGAAGAAUGUAACUGGGACCACAGAAAGAAGACUGGUCAUAGGAAGAAGACUGGACGCAGAAAGAAGACUGGACACAGAAAGAUGUAUCAUACCCAAGUCUAUGGGGGAUUUUGAUAGAGGCGUCUACGAGAGAAAUUCAAGAUGCCGUGGUGCUCUUCGAAGUGGUUUUUUAUUAAGUGUGCGAAAUAGUCCGGCUGCAUGGAGAGGCGCGUUGCAUGGUGGGUACUGCAUACCUCGAGAGGGGAUUGCAAGAUGGGUACGGGUGUAUACCUUGAAUACCUCAGGGGGGUCCUCAGACACUGUUCAAGGGGAGAUGGGUACUACUGCUGGUACUACUGGCAUGCCUCGGGGGAGUGUUCUGUCGCUUGACUGA